UAAUAUCCUGGCAACGAAAAGUGGCCACACUGACAAGCUAUAUAAAAUAACACAUUUUGGUCCGAGAUUAACAAAAACAGAACAUUUUCUAGAAUUAUAUAGAUGCUCCAGCGCCAUGUCCGCUACGCAACGUCAAAAGCAGUUAGACAUGAAUCGAAGCCGAGCGAUUAACUUGGCCAGCAGCAGCAGCGGCUACGGCAAUAACAGCAACGCUACUGGCGGUACUAAAAAUGUGGUUUCCCCGCAUCCGCAACAACGAAAACUGCAAGCUUCGAUGCAGGUGCAACAGCCAAACACAAGUCGUCGGGCGGCCGGUUCCAACUGGAUGGCUGUUGCUGGGGGAAGCGAGAAUCAGGAGGCGAAGGCAGUGGAAGCCGCACCAUUGACGAAAUCGGCACGCAUGCGCAUGAAGAAGAAGGCGCAGCGCAAUCGCUAUGUGGCGAUGGACUGCGAGAUGGUGGGUGUAGGACACAACGGUCAGGACGACAUGCUGGCCCGAGUAUCCAUCGUAAAUCACGUGGGACAAGUGCUACUGGACAAGCAUGUAAAACCGAGAAUGGAGGUCACUGAUUACCGCACCAGCGUCUCGGGCAUUCGUCCGCAGGACAUCGCCAAUGGUGAGGAAUUUGCCGCAGUGCAGGACGAGGUGGUGAAGCUGCUGCACGGCCGCAUUCUCGUCGGACAUGCCCUAGGAAACGAUCUCGCCGUCUUAAGCAUCCGCCAUCCGUUCGACGACAUCCGGGACACGUCGCGCUACAAGCCUCUAUGUAAGCUGGUCUCUAAUGGCCACACGCCCAGCCUGAAGCGGCUGACGAUGGCCGUUCUUGGUCAGGUGAUCCAGACGGGCGAGCACAACUCUGUUGAGGAUGCACGCGCUGCAAUGGGCAUCUACAAUCGCAUUGCAGCUGACUGGGAGAAGUAUUUGGAAAGGAAGCGCCAUCAGCAGCAGCACUUCUAGCUGCGCACUUAGGGAAUUCCACCUAGCUGCCCAAAUAGGGAAUCCCAUCGAACUCAGGGGAAGGAAAAGUUUAGCCUUAAGAUUAUUAUUGUAUACACGAGUUUCAUUAAUGGGAAACUGUUGCUUAAUUCUAUAAAACGAUAAAUCCUA